AUGAUGGUUCCUCUCUACUCAGCACUGAUGAGGCCACUCCUGGAGUACUGGUUCCAGUUCUAUCCUCCCCAGUACAAGGGAGCUAUGGAACUACUGGAAAGAAUCCGAAGAAGGGGCACAAGGAUGAUGAAUGAACUAGAGCAUCUCUCCUGUGAGGAAAGGCUGAGAGAGCUGGGACUGUUCAACACCAAAGAGAGGAAGCCACCUGUGGGCCUGGGGCAGGUCAGGGCCAGUAUAAAAGCCAGCGCAGCUCCUCGCUCUCUCAUCCACUUCUCUCUCCUCGUUCUCCUUGGGAACCAGGUGCACCUCCAGCCCCAAGCCAUGUCCUGCUGCAACCCGUGCAUGCCCUGCCGGCCCUGCGGCCCGACCCCGCUGGCCAACAGCUGCAACGAGCCCUGUGUCAGGCAGUGCCAGAACUCCACCGUCGUCAUCGAGCCCUCCCCCGUGGUGGUGACCCUGCCCGGCCCCAUCCUCAGCUCCUUCCCGCAGAACACCGUUGUGGGCUCCUCCACCUCCGCUGCCGUUGGCAGCAUCCUCAGCUGUGAGGGAGUGCCCAUCAACUCCGGGGGCUUUGACCUCUCCUGCAUCACCAGCCGCUACUGCGGCAGCAGGUGUCGCCCCUGCUAAAGCCACUGGUGACAACCCGGACAAGGACCCCCAGGAAUCCAGACCUAGACUGAGGACAGAGCUCCUGGCCCUUGACUUCAGAGAUGCUGAGCAUGAGCUGGGGUCUCUGAAACAUGGCCAAAGUCUGCUUUCCCUGCUUGACUCUCUCCCAUCUCCUGUCUUCUGUGUGUCUGGGCUGUAAGUCUCCCAGAGACAACUGGGGGGAUCUGCUAAGCCCUCUCCAUCUGUGGGGCAGGCAGAUGGCUGCUCUGUGGGAUCUCCACCAUGGGUGACGGGCACAAACU